AUGGUGUGGGCAAGGCUUCGGCAUGGAAAGUCUUGGAAGAUGCACCUGAUCUCUUGGAACACCUUGGAGAAGAAAGCCAAAUCAGUGCUGACGUUCUUGCCAAAGCUGAAGCCUUUGUAUGCAAACUCUACAAUCCGGGAACACAAGAGGUGGAAAUCAACAAAGAAAGAGCAGCAGCGUUUCGCAAAUCCAAGAAAGAUCUCGACGCCCUACCUCGAGCUCCGACUCAAGAUGCACUGAUUCUCCACACAAAGCGGGCAAACUAUCAGACCAUGGUAUGGAAUAAAGCACUGGAACCAUGUCCUUCUCUCCCAAAGCCUGAAGACAGCGGAUGGUACUAA